CACCGGACUGGGGCUAGAUUUAGGGUUUUGUGGGGACUAGGGCUUUUCAGCCGCCAGGGAGGAGGAGGAGCAGCGCCAUGGGUAUCGACAUCGAAGCCGGCGGGCGCAACAAGAAGACCAAGCGGACAGCCCCCAAGAGUGACAAUGUCUACCUCAAGCUGCUCGUCAAGCUCUACCGGUUCUUGGUCAGAAGGACCAACAGCAAAUUCAACGCUGUGAUCCUCAAGCGGCUCUUCAUGAGCAAAACCAACCAGCCGCCAGUGUCCCUCUCCCGCCUCUCCGCUAGCAUGGAAAAGAAGUCGGGAAAGAUCGCUGUCCUCGUUGGAACGGUCACCGACGAUCCUAGACUCGCGGCGGUUCCCGCAAUGACAGUGGUGGCUCUGCGCUUCACCCGGACUGCCCGCGCCAGGAUCACCAACGCCGGAGGGAAAUGCCUCACCUUUGACGAGCUCGCGCUCCUGGCACCCACUGGAUGCAACACGGUACUUUUGAGGGGUCGCAAGUCCGCUCGGGAGGCCGUGAAGCACUUUGGGCCGGCUCCUGGUGUGCCACACAGCCACACCAAGCCGUACGUGCGCUCCAAGGGGCGCAAGUUUGAGAAGGCUCGCGGGCGACGUAACAGCCGAGGAUUCAGAGUCUAGGCUACUGCUCCUGUAUUUCUCUAAAGCCGUCUUUUUUGUGAUGUUGAGCUUCAGAAAACUAUAUGAGUCUUCCAACCUCAGUGCUCUUGGUUCAAACAUUGUAGUUUUCGUUAAAUUUGAUCUCCUUUUCAUGUGAA